AGUGCCGGUCGCUUGUGUUAUUAUUUUAAUAACAUUUUAAUGUCUUUUUAUAUUAAAAAAGUACUAGUGCAAGCGAAAAAUUGUUAUAGAAGACUGAUAGAUAUGAACAAGAGCGCUUACUGGAAACUUCAAAUGUGCGGCACGGAGGAGGAAAUGCGCGAGGUGGCGGGUAGGAUCUGCAGGAACUACCUCCACGGCGCUUGGAAGUCGGUAGAUCCUACUGACCUGGACUUCAAAAGGAUCAGCGGUGGUCUGUCAAACUUCAUCUACUACGUGGCGUUGCCGUCAGACGCCAGUAAGAUCGGCGGAUAUGCGCGGGACAGCUCCCCGGAAGCCGACGACACUAGGAAACCCGUACUCAGCUCACACUCCUUCACCAUGGACGAACCAAAGAAGGUACUCCUCCGAAUAUAUGGCCAAGUGCACGGCGAGCGCGCUAUGGAUGCCAUAGUCACCGAGUCUGUGAUCUUCACUUUGCUGUCAGAGAGGAGGCUUGGGCCCAAACUGCAUGGGGUGUUCUCGGGAGGCCGAAUCGAGGAGUACAUACCUGCUCGAUCACUCCUCACAAAAGAGCUUUCUGAGCCGGCGAUAUCCAUGAAGAUAGCGGAAAAGAUGGCCGCCAUCCACUCCAUGGACGUGCCGCUAUCUAAAGAACCGAACUGGCUGUGGAAGACCAUGGGCAAGUGGAUGAAGACCGCCCGCGAUGAACGGCUGGCGCCAAACGCCGUCGGAAAGACUGCAGAAGAACAGAACGUCAUAAAGGAGCUGAAGCUCAUAGAUUUCGAGAAGGAAAUAGAAUGGUUAAAGAAGUUCGUAUCCUCUGUAGACUCGCCAGUGGUAUUCUGUCAUAAUGACUUGCAAGAAGGAAACAUCCUACUGUUAGAAGACGAAAUCCAACCGACCGAGGACGACGACUACGCGCAGUAUGAUCCGAAAAACUCCAAAUACGUUCUGACACAGUUCGACGACCAGAACACGUCCGACUCGAUCAUCAGCCAGAUUUCCGACACGGGCGAGCCCAGACUGGUCCUCAUAGACUUUGAGUACUGCGCGUACAACCACAGGGGUUUCGAUAUCGCCAAUCAUUUCCAAGAGUGGGCGUACGAUUACACAAAUCCGAAACACCCCUUUUAUUACGAAUACGUGGACAGUCAGCCCACUUUGGAGCAAAAGUUUCAGAACGGAUGGUCCGUACGCCGUUACGCGGCGAGGUUCGUAAUCAUUUCCAUUUUACGUAGACCCUCUAUCAAAUGCCAAAUAUUAUUAACGUUGCAUCCCACGUUACGAGAUGAGUCGCAAAGAGGAACUCUUCUAAUAUUAUAAAUGCGAAAGUAUCUUUAUUCGUUUGUUUUAUUGUACUAAUAUGAUAGUUCCUACACCAUUUAUCCCGAAAAAAGGCGUAGUUCCUAAGGGAUAGCGCUGAAGCGAUCUCUUAAAUAGCCUCUUCACGUUUAAUCGCAUUCGCAUUUAUAACAUUAGGUGGCAAAAUAAGGAUACUGUAUAAGCGGUCAAAGCCACUAGCUUUUCGAAUAUUAAAUAAUAUUUUCGAUCUGUUUCCUUUACUGAUAAUGCCAAUGACGUCAGCAGGAAAAGAUAAACCGCGCGGCAUUUUAACACAAUUUUAUCUCGAUAAAUUCAAAAUGGCAGCUCCAAAACACUGAAUUUGAUCUUGUCUCUUAUGGGGAAGCUAUUCCACGCAACCGUGCGAUAAGCCUUAAACUGAGAACGGGGGAUUUCCCGUUAUUUUCCGCCAUAGCUGUUAAGAACAGUCCACUGUUGACGUCAUCCGCAUUUCUCAGGUUCGACCGAUGCGUUCUUGCGUAAUGUGCGAUGAAACUUAUAUAUAUACGAAGAAAUAAAUUAUGCAAUACUUAAAAGAAUACUUUAGAUAAUAAAAUAAUGGUAUUUGAAAGAGGUUUUAACUUGGGAAUAAUAUGAAAUCACAACUAUAUAAAUAUAACGCGCCGUAUUUUCACCACAUUAAUUUAAUAACUCGAUAAUAUUAGUUAUGUCAAGAAUACUUAUGAUAUUAUCAAGAUUAUUUUUUUAAAUAGUAUAAUUAUAAAAGUACGUGUUUUAAAAAAAUAUAUAAAUUGACGUAACUAAUAAAAAGGCGCGAAAAAUAACAACCACUACGCAGCUUGUGUUUGUUUAUGCUUGA